AAGUUUAACAUAGAGAGUAAAAUAGAAGGAUAUCAUCAUGUCGUUUACCAUACCCGUUAUUAAUUUAGAGGUACGUGAGGUUAAGGAUAUAGUAUGGGAGAAAAUUCAGGAGCCUGUCAACCAAAGACGCUUAGUCUUGGUUAUAGUCUCCAUAGCCCUACUAUUGGAUAACAUGUUGUAUAUGGUGAUAGUGCCAAUUAUACCCGACUAUCUGCGAGAAAUUGGAGGUUUCGAAGCACCCGAUUCCACUAUGGCACCAUUGCUUAGGGACAAUGUGACGGGUAAGAUAAUACCUGUGCAUCACGAUCAUCAUGGCCAAGAUUCAGCCACCGGUAUACUGUUCGCCUCAAAAGCCAUCGUACAAUUGAUGGUGAAUCCGUUCUCGGGCGGUCUGAUCGAUAAGAUCGGCUACGAUAUACCCAUGAUGGUUGGCCUAACGAUUAUGUUCUUUUCCACGGCUGUAUUUGCCUGUGGCAGUAGCUAUAGUGUGCUCUUCUUUGCCCGAUCGUUGCAAGGCGCUGGUUCAGCUUUUGCCGACACUUCGGGUUUGGCCAUGAUAGCCGAUCGCUUUACGGAGGAAAAUGAACGUUCGCAAGCUUUGGGCAUUGCCUUGGCCUUUAUUAGUUUCGGUUGUCUAGUGGCUCCGCCUUUUGGCGGGGCUCUUUAUCAAUUUGCGGGCAAAGAAGUGCCAUUCUUGAUAUUGGCCUUGGUGUGCCUCAUCGACGGCCUUAUGCUGCUGUUGGUUAUGAAACCGUUCAAGGAACAGCUGCAACAAAGUAGAGAAGUCAAACAAGAGAUUAUACCCAUUUGGCGUUUGCUCAUGGAUCCCUAUAUUGCGGUGUGCGCCGGCGCUUUAACAAUGUCAAAUGUGGCUUUAGCUUUUCUAGAACCGACUAUAUCCCUGUGGAUGGAAGACAAUCUUACCACAGAUAAUUGGAAAAUUGGUAUGGUAUGGCUACCGGCUUUCUUCCCUCACGUCUUGGGUGUGGUGAUCACGGUCAAAAUGGCUAAAAAGUAUCCCCAGCAUCAGUGGCUAAUGGCAGCUGGAGGUUUAGCUUUGGAAGGUCUCUCCUGUUUCAUUAUACCAUUCUCGACCUCCUAUCAAAUGUUAAUGAUUCCUAUAUGCAUUAUAUGUUUCGGCAUUGCCUUGAUAGAUACUGCCCUCUUGCCUACACUCGGAUAUUUGGUGGACGUGCGUUACGUAUCCGUGUACGGCAGUAUAUACGCCAUCGCUGACAUCUCCUAUUCAAUAGCCUAUGCAGUGGGACCCAUUAUAGCGGGUGGAGUAGUCGAAGCCAUUGGCUUCACUGCUCUCAAUUUCCUUAUAGCGUUUUCAAACCUUUUGUAUGUUCCGCUACUAAGGAAAUUGCGCAAUAUCUACGACUUUAAGCCAUUUGAAAACGAGGCCAAUAUCCUUAUGCAAGAUCCCCCCAAUAAGGAAUACCAAACCUACGUUAUGCACGAUCAAAAGCCCAUCGAUGGCGAAUUCAAAAAUCACCUAGAAUACGGUCAGCAAUAUCAACAGGAUCAGCAAGAAACAAAUCUAGACGAUCAAACCUCCAGCUCUUACGAUUAUCAGGCGCAGCAGGGCUACCAGCAGGAUGCCCAAUACGAACAGCAGCAACAGCAAUAUCAGCCCGGCUACCAGGAGCAAGGCGGCGGCGGUGGCAUGUAUCAACAGCAGCCCUCAGAAACCAGACAUCUUCCUCAGCAACGUAUGGCGAAUCCCUUUCAACAGCAACAGCAAUCGGAGGCCUCAAGAACAACUACAACAGGUCCUGCUGGUCCAGCAAAUCCAUUUAGACAAGGAUUUUAAACUAUUAUCUUACACAAAAUUAGUGGUAAUUUAUGUUUGUUUUUAUAUUUUUGAUCGUUUAGUCUAUAAGUUUCGUUAAGUUUUCUUUUAAAGUUAAAUUUG